GUGCACGGGAGAGUGCACGAGAGAGAACACGGAUCCCGUCGGCGAGAGAACUCUCUCAGUGCAUGUGCACCGUAGCAGGCCUAUAUAAUGGUCGUGGGAAACUUGGAAGUAGACAAGUGUGGCCGCGCGUCUGUCGGUGCAGCCAAGUACAGUCAUGGCUCUGUCUGUAGGCGUGCUUGGCUUAGUUGCACUGGUCGGCGUUCUUCUACGAUGGCUUUACCAAACUGUCAAAUUGCGACGUCAGAUCAACAAAAUACCAGGGCCGCCAACGAUUCCACUUCUUGGAAAUGCACUUCAGAUGACCAGUGGACCAGAAUGGUAUAAACAAGUGAUGCAAUGGGGACAAAUGUACAGACAACCUGGCAUUUUCAAGCUGUGGCUACUUUCUAAGCCUGUUAUUGGAGUCACACGUGCUGAAACAGCAGAAGUGCUGCUUAACAGCUCAAAGCACAUGGACAAGUCAUCGGAGUAUGCUUUCCUUCACCCAUGGCUUGGUACAGGCUUACUGACAAGCACUGGCGAAAAGUGGCGAUCACGCCGCAAAAUGCUGACCCCCACUUUUCACUUCCGCAUCUUGCAGGACUUCCUGAAGGUGUUCAACAGUCAGACACUGGUGCUAUUGCAGAAGCUGCAGAAGAAAAAAGAUCAGGGGCAUUUCAACAUCUUCCCCGACAUUGCCUUGUGCGCCCUGGACAUUAUCUGUGAGACUGCCAUGGGUCAACAUGUCAGUGCACAGACAAAAGAGUCCGACUAUGUGCGUGCUGUCAUACGCAUCUGUUCAUUGUUAGAGAAGAGGAUGCGAACCCCUUGGCACUGGAACAAAGUGUUGUAUGACAUAUUCGGCCAAGGACAAGAGCAUGACGAGUGUCUGAGAAUACUUCAUGAGUUCACACAAAAGGUGAUUAAGGACAGACAUAGCACCUUUGACACCAAGAAAGCAGAAGAGGUUUUGGGAUGCCUAAAGUUCGAUGACACCACUGAAAGCAGAAAUAAGCGUUUAGCCUUUUUGGACAUGCUUUUGUAUAUGAGCAUGAGUGAUCAGACGCUGUCCACCAACGACAUUAAGGAGGAAGUCGAUACAUUCAUGUUUGAGGGUCAUGACACUACUGCAGCUGCUAUGAACUGGGCGUUAUACCUGAUAGGAUCUCACCCUAAAGUAAAGGCCAAUGUCCAGAAGGAGCUGGAUGAAAUAUUUGAUGGCAGUAACCGCAUGCCUACAGUUGAUGACCUGAAGAAUAUGAAGUACCUGGAAUGCUGCAUUAAGGAGGCGCUCAGACUGUACCCAUCUGUCCCUUAUGUUGCGAGGACCACAACUGAGGAAGUGAAGAUUGGAGCAUACCUAGUGCCAAAAGAUGUAACAGUUGUGCUAUUCAUUUCAUCACUUCAUCGAGACAAGCGCUGGUUUCCAGAUCCUGAUGUUGACCCCAACAGGUUUCUACCAGAAAACAGUGCAGACCGCCACCCAUUUUCUUAUAUCCCUUUCUCUGCAGGCAUCCGUAACUGUAUUGGCCAAAAAUUUGCCAUGAUGGAAGAAAAGGUGGUUUUGUCCACCAUUUUCCGAAACUUUUCUGUGUCAACGUUCCAGAAGCAAGAGGACUUAAAGCCCCUGGGUGAACUCAUUUUAAGACCAAAAGAUGGAAUGAUUGUUGAACUGCAUUCUCGCUGAAAAGAAACAGACAUUUUUCAUUUAAGAGUGACCGUAGAGAAACAGUGCAUGAAGAAUGUUCUUUUCUUUGAGACUUUAGAUCAUAUUAAUGAGUUUUUGGAGAUGCCAAAGAGUCAAAAGAAAUAUUUGUGCACCUGAAACUAGAGCUGCUUUUUAAAAUAAAGUGAUGAACAUUGACAUGACCUAACUGAGAUGCAGCUGUAAUGUUUCUGUUUCUAAUACCUAUUAAUUAUUUAUAAAGUAUUUACACUUUUGUAACAAUUUUUUUCUCACUAUCAUAUAGGUUCUUCUCAUUUAUCAUUUUGUAGCACCUUUUUCUUGGAAACCAGCAAUAGGGAUUUACAAGUCACUUCAUUAUUUUUAUACAGAGCUUUUGUAUACUUAUUGUGAUUUAUACAUAGACUAAAUGUAAUUUGUUAUAAUGUAAAAAUAGGAAAAUGUAGAGAUUGUGUAUGUGUGUUUCAAAAGAAAUGUUGCUUGAUGGGGCUUAUAAUUUUUUUAACUUGUUUACAGUGGUCAGCUGUAUGUUAUUACCCUGUCUGUACAUCUUUUUCAUCACAUGCUGUACAGAUGUAUAUGCAAUGUUCCUGAUGUAAUUUUAAUAUUUCUAAAUUCUCUUCAUGCCAUUUUUGUACCCUCACAAAGCAAUAAGCCUGUAAAUGUCAAAUAGAUUCACGUGAAUAAAAACACACACAGUGUUAUUAUCUUUUAUUUGCUGUACAAAAGCACAUUAUAGGAAAUAUAAAUAAAGCUGUCAGCUU